AUGGGAAUAGACUGGUUCGCACUUGCUGAAGCAGCAGCAGAGGCUGUCAGUCAGGUCAUUGUGGUCGUAUUCUGUGGUAUCAUCCUAACCAAGGCUGGCCUCCUCUCCCCACAAACCCAGAGAGGCCUGUCAAAGAUCAACCUGUACUUCCUGACGCCAUGUCUAAUCUUUACAAAGAUCGCAUCCGUCCUGAGCUGGGACCGGUUCGUCACCUUCUGGCCCAUACCUCUCUUCUAUUCAGUCUUCCUAGUUGUCAACUUCACUGUUGCCCAGAUCGGGUCGAAGCUGUUGCGGUUGACGAGGGAGGAGACUCGGUUUGCGACGGCGAGUAUUAUGUUCUUUAACAACAACUCACUCCCGAUUGCGUUGGUUCAGAGUUUGGUGCUGAGUGGGGCAGCCAAGUUGCUGCUCAGGGAUGAAAAUGAUACUACUGAGGCUGUCCUUGCAAGAGGUGUGUCAUACAUUCUUUUUACAAGUGUGUUUGACAACCUUAUUCGAUGGUCGUAUGGCCUAAAUAUGUUGUCGCACCACAAGGGAGACGAGACUAACGGCAAGGACGAUGGAAGCACCAGCCACAAUGACGACAGCACAGGACCAGUGGCGAUAUCCAACAAUGAGCAAGCGGAUAUCAUCAUCGACGUGGACUCUCACCCAGCUCCCCACACCUUAACACCAACCGCAGUCACGCCAACGACAUGGACUUCACGACUGGUCGCUAUCCUCAAGAAGGCACGUGGACUCUUGCAACCCCCGCUGGUCACCGCAAUUGUGGCGCUCAUCGUCGGACUCAUCCAACCUCUGCAUCAUAUCUUUAUGGAUCCGGAUUCGAAGGUGUUCAUCUUCCUUAUCAGACCCCUGGAUACGUGUGGUCGAGCUGCAGUUCCCAUGAUCAUGCUCUGUCUUGGCGCGCAGGUCAUCAGUUUUGACAGUAAUACCGAGGCAGAGUCAAAUCCGUCGGCGACUGUGACAGUGUCGUCUUCGACGGCCAACAGCUUGCGUGCACCAACACCUUAUGGCGCCGCUUUGCUUUCGGAGGCACCUCAGCAUUCGAACGAUAUUGGCAGCAGGCGUGGAAGCAGCAGCAGCGGAAGUAGUACCUCAGGCAGCAACAAUGAGUCCAGCCCAUUGUUGAGUCACAGCACUACUACUCAAAAAUCUGUAUCCGAUCAACCUCACCAGCACCAAAACCACCCUCACCAUCUAGAACUCGGGUCCCACAACAAAGACUCGACCGAAAAGAAGAACAACCCUGUCCCAUUAGUCCUCUUCUGCAGGAUGUUCCUCUCCCCCCUAAUCACCCUCCCCGCAAUCCUCCUAGUCCCCAACAGUAUCUCCCCGACCCUCCUCGGAGACCCCAUCUUCCGACUCUCAUUGGUCAUGUUAUCGGCCUCGCCCACUGCCGUCAACAUGAUGCAGAUCUGUCAGAUUAAUGGGUUCUUUGAAAAGAAGAUGGCUAGUUUGUUGUUUUGGAGUUAUUGUGUGGUGGGUGUGCCUGGAAUUUUGGUUUGGGUUAUGGUCGCUCUUCAGGCUGCCACUUGGGGAUCAUGA